UUCUCUCUCUCGACACCCUUACACCCUUAUAUAUGUCUAGUUUUGAACAACGCACUUUCAUAUACUGAAACUGAAUAGCCAUAAUUUCUACAUAAAAAGAAAAAAAAAAGAUUUGUUUUAAAUGUUCAUACACAUACAGAGACGAAGAAACAUCAUAGUUAUACAUAUAUAAGAUGAAUCACAGCCAGCGAAUUGGCUAUGAUUUUCUCAUAGCAUUUCUUUCAACCUCUAUGCUCGUUCUCAUCAUCAUCCUCGUUCUCAUCUUCAUCUGUAAAAAAAAACCCAUCCAAUCCCAAGAACCACAACCCACCAAGGUAACAGCCACCUCAUUACCGUUGACGAAGAUUGACUCAGCCACCGAUGGCUUCAGCCGCAGAAGAAUCAUCGGGGAGGGUCGCUUGGGAACCGUGUACGCCGCCGUUUUGGACCAUCAAGGAGAGUUUGUAGCCGCGAAACGAAUUCAUCCCAGGCUUGUUUUGAGUAAUGCCGGAUUUGGAUUCUCCACAGUUCUUAAAUCUCUAUCUCUGGCCCAACAUCCCAAUAUAGUACCCAUUUUAGGUUUUUCCGAAGCACCUGGGGAGAGAAUUGUGGUUUCUGAGUUUGUUGGCUCCGCAAGCUUGGAUUUCUAUCUGCACCAAAACCCAGACGGUGUUUCGCUGUUGGACUGGAGCCGGCGUCUCAGGAUAGCCGCCGGUGCGGCUAAGGGCCUCGAGUACUUGCACGAAGGGGUGGCGCCGAACAUAGUUCAUGGCUGUGUUAAAGCUUCGAACAUUCUUAUCGAUGUGAAUUUCUGUGCCAGAAUUUGUGAUUAUGGACUUAGCUUUUUGGGCCCCAGAGAGAGAAGAGGCAUAGUAGGACACGUGGAUGAUGAGUAUUGGGCGAGUGCUGGAGGAGGAGCAGCUUGCAAAGAGAGUGAUGUGUUUGGAUUCGGCGUCGUUUUGUUAGAGCUUUUGACUGGGAGACAAUGUGAACAAGGUUUAUUGGUUAAAUGGUCUUUGCCUUUGAUCAAAGAAAUGAGGUUUAACGAGUUGUUAGAUCCCAGGCUUGUGUUUCCUUCUGAUGUUAAGCCUUUUGUUCGGUUAGGUAAAGUUGCUUUGGCUUGUGUUGGUAAUUCCAGGAAGAACAGGCCUUCAAUUGGUCAAGUGGCAGUUAUCUUGAGUAACUUGGAGAUUCCCUAGUAAAUUAUAUUUAUAUAUAUUCAUUACUUUAUUUUAGUUUUUUUAAAUAAUUGAUUAAUGUAGUGACAAAUUUUGGACAAAAUUAUACUAAUGUAUAUAAAUUACAAUA